AUGGAGCUGAAACUCUGCCAAAGCUCACUGAAGAAGUACAAGAGCUGUUCAGAUACAACAGCUUUCCAGGAAGAUUCCUGUGUAAAUAAUGAUCUCCAUUCCUCUCACUCCACAACAAACCCCAGGACUGUUGCUGUUCAUCCUGACCCUGGAAGAAACACUGUAGCUGGAAGAAGAGGAGGUUGUUCCACGCUCGGCCUUCACACAGUGUUAGCACUUUCUUCCCCUGGAUGUUACAGGAUUUGGACCAGAAGAAGAAACUUAACCAGCCAUAUUCCUACCAUCCAGAGACUGUUUAUAUCCCAGCUGGCCCAGGGUUUGAAAGGGGCCAGGCUGCCAAGGUGUGUGUCCGAUGGCCUGGUGUCCUCCCUGCCGUACUCCCUGGGCAGGGUGUUGUCCAUAUGGAGUCAGCACGGUCCCGCUGUCUGUCCUUCCGAAAUCACUCCUCUCCUUUCCAAUCUCUGCAAGUGGCAGCCAAGUGUGGCCAUCGAGAACAGCUGUGCCAUGUUACCACACUCACCUGUCCAGAGCAUGGGAGCCCUGCAGACUGCAGGCCAUGUGACACAUCUGGAAACUUCAUUCCCUCCUCCAUUCCCAAAGCCUCACACACUUCCAGAGCCAUUGCCAUCUCCCCCCAGGCUUUCAGCAUCUGAGCUCCACAUCCCUGCCCUUGAGGAAGCAGAUGCUUCUGUUCCAGCCUGUCUGAGAUCCCAAGAUGACACAGAACUGAAAAAAACUGAGCCAGAGAAGAGGCCAAAGAAAGUCUCACAGAUCCGAAUCAGGAAAACUGUUCCUAAGCCAGACCCCAACCUUACUCCAAUGGGACUACCCAAACCAAAAAGGCUUAAGAAGAAAGAAUUUAGUUUAGAAGAAAUUUACACAAACAAGAACUAUAAGUCCCCUCCUCCUGCCAGGAGCUUGGAAACAAUCUUUGAGGAGCCCAAGGAGAAAAAUGGACACUUGAUCUCUGUCAGCCAGCAGAAGAGAAAGCGGAUCCUGGAGUUUCAGGACUUCACUCUUCCCCGGAAAAGGAAGACACGAGGCAAAAUCAAAGCAGUGGGGAGCUUCACCCGAGCUAAAAGGGCUGCACUGCAGAGUGCAGAGCUGGAUGUUCUUCUGAGUCAGAAGCUAAUGGACCUUGAAGCCUUUUUUGCAGAGCAGGUUGAGCAGGAGCAGGCCUCCAGCAUCUGAGGGAGCCCCUUAGCUGGAAAUGGUCCAGUCAGCUUCUUUAGUGUUUUUUCCUUGGGAGAAAUUACUGACUUCUUCAUACCUUACUCUGCCACUGCUCUAACAUCUGAUAAUCAGUUCUUGGCUGUGACCCUCUUUAAGGUGCUAUUUUUUUUUUUUUAAAUGCUGUUGGAGGGAUUUUUUAAGUCCCUGUUUGAGUGUAACACAGCCAUGUGAAAUUUACCCUUCCUUUCUCAACCUCUGGAAAUUACUGCUUAUAUUUAAUUAAUUAUGUUUAUGUAUCUUUUGGGGGUAGAGUAGGAGUGUCAGGGAGGAAGUAGUGCACCUUCAGUGAUGCUAGAACUCUGUACUCCAGAUCAUUUGCACAUUUGAGUCUGCUAUUGUUACUGUAAUGGCUAUUUUUAACAAGCUGACAAAAGAGAUAUGGUGUUUGAUAAAGAAAAAUUCUACCAAGCACAUUCUUGAUAAACCACUAACGUUUUGAUAAUUAAAAGUAGCUGUCUAGGUUAUCAUUCAAUUGUUUCUUCCUUCUGUUAACUUAGAAGGUUCCUUCUAAGAAUCUUUGCCCUUCCUGGCUCCAGGCAGCAAAAGCCCCACAUAAUUAGACAUUAAAUAUCUUGCACUUUGUAUAUGCUUCUUUUAACACAAUUCAACUCAGAAAAGGCAAUGUUUUAAGGAAAAAUGGUGCCCAGUACUAUUUUUUCCCAAAUAGAAGAUUUUUUACUUACUUGGCUGAUGCCAACUUCUUCUCCAGAGGAAAAGGUAAUUGGUCCAUGAGGGUGUUAAGCUGCAGGAUACACAGGCAGAGAUUUUUAUUUAAUUGAGCUGAGCUGCUGCAUGCAGGGAAGACCAGCAAAAUCUUGGAUACUUGUUUUAAAGUUAUUUUAAUUCCAUUCAUACUAACUUGAUUUUAAUGUCAACAAGAAGGGGUUUUUUUUACCAUUUUAGAUUUACAAUUCCUGUAGCUCAUAAUUAGAUAUUCUCUGUACAGCACUGUUGUCCAUUACAGCCAGUGCUGUACAAAGAGCCUCUGAGAAUGUGACCUUGUUUUGUUAUGCAAGGCCAUAUGAAUUAUCUGAUGCAGCACUGGGCAAUUUCUCAGCUCUACCUUUGGAAGGAAGAGAGCUCCCUUCUGGCAUAACUUCUGUUAAACUGAACUUGAAGCAUAAUUCCAAUGCUAGCUGCUGUUCAGGUAAUUUCUGUCCCUUAGUGCCUAGAGAAGUUAUUCAGGCAAAGCUGUUGUUGCUGGGAUGCUCAAAUUUAAUUAAUCUGUUCUUUCUUUCACUUGUCACUUGAACUUGCACUUUCUUAUUUAUCUACCCAUAUAAUAGAGUUUCUAUUUACCUUCAAAUGGAGCAAAUAUCUAGUGGGUGGGUAUUUUUAUAAAGUCCCAAUAUAAAUGCAGGGCUGCAAAUACCAUCAUUAUCUUCUGUUGCUCUACCACUUCUGUUAUUGACCAAACAGAAAACUAAAUGUUACCAAGCAAUCUGUUCAAUUGCAGAGCUUUGAGAGUAGAGAAAUGGAAGAGAAUUAUUACACUGUGUGUGCCUGAGACUUGAAAGAAAUCUAAUCUGGGUUUGUUUUGCCCCCAGCUUAUGUGCUGGGAUUUGUAGAAGUUUAUAUUCUUGUUUUGAAGACUAAUUAUCUUUAAUCAGGAAGAUUGAAGAAAAGAGAGGAGUGCACACUUAGAGUAGUAGUGUUUGGAGUUUGAGGGUAAAAUAACAAGGCAAACUUUGAACAUAUUGACAUAGUAUUUUUCUGGUUAACUUACUGGGCUGUUGUAGAACAUUCUAAUUGAUUCUCUUUAUUUUUGUAAAAAGAAAUCCCUAAAAAACAAAGAUCAACUGCCUCCUAAAAAAUGUUUGAAAGUUUCCCUAUGUUGGCUUAUUAGCCCAAUUAUUGACUAGUUGGAAGUGGUAGCCAGAGUCAGAGAUAUAUUUUUAUGGAUUUAUGCUAUAGAAUGGGAUUGUUACAGAGCAUUCAUUCACCUUCUAUUAAUAUGGGAGGCUUCCAGUGACACAAUUAACUGGAACCUUACUGGGGCUUUCAAGGAAAUAAAGAUUGGGGUGGGGGGAAGAGACGGGUCCAGGAGAAGUUCAGAUCUCUAAUGUGCUUCAAAACAUGGAAUGUGUUGAGUCUUUUCCUUUGGGUUAUGUUGGGCUUUGUUUAGGGUGGGGUUUUUUACUUUCUUCCCUGUUCUCUCUUGUUUCUGAUUGCAUUGAAAUAAGAUUUAUGAACUUUUUUCCUACAAGCUACAGUGGAGAGAGCAAAGAAAACACUCAAAUACUCUUCAGUUUACAGAAAUUGGAGGAGUUACAAAAUGAUGUUGCAGUUGUUUAGCUUCUCCCAGACCUCAGUUUGUGGAAACCCAAACCCACAGCAUUAUUCUCUUUUGGUUUAGUGUUUGUAUGACAAUGUAAGCUAGUGGAGACCAAGCAUCUCUUCCCCUCCCCAGCAUACAGGUGUCAGUCCUGCUCAUGCACUUUUUUGUUUUUUCCUUUCCCACCUCUGUUUCUGUUUACAGCCCUCAUGGAACAGCCAUGUUCCUUGUGGCUGCUGCUUGUACACUGGGAGUGAUGACUGGGCAAAAGCUGAGCAUUUCCAUUCUGAGCUGCUUCUGUCACAGCUAAUUAAAAGAAAAAAGUGUAGAGGAUUCAUCUUUUGGGGUCAUGCAGACAUCCCUAGCAGUAGGGUAUGGACACUUGCCUUUUCAUGAAGGUGACCCACUCCAGUGGGGAUGUUUUUGUAUCACCAUGGAAAGUACAUCACAAACUGAUGGCCAGAACAGCUUGAGAAGGAUUGCAAAGCUUUUGCCAUGUCCUGUCUCUUAGUAGAGCCAAGCAGCUCUUUGCUAAAUUUGCUGAUUGUCAGAGAUAGAAAGAUCACUUUCAAAAAAAAAAAAAAAGAAGAAAAAACUCAUUGUUUUCAUCAUGCUAUGACUGGGGCAGUCAAUGCUCCUUCAUGUAUGUACAGCAUUUGCCUGGCUGGCUUGUGUCUGCAUACAUUUGAGUUCCUGUGCUUGCUGGAUAUGAUUCCUGCAAGCAAUUCUCAUCCAUUGUAUUUUAUUUCAGGUGGGCCUUUGGUAUAUUAUGUUCCAGGUGCUUUUCUAGACUAUGGAUAGUAACUGUGGAUUAAAAGUCUGUAUGAUGCUAUCAAGGUAACAAAUAGCUCAAUGAGAAUUUGUACAUUUGUGCCAUUAGCCUCCAUCAUGCUCUUGGCAUUUUGUUUCUGUUCAAUAUUGUGUGAAUCUAAAAUUUUACUGUUUCUUUUGUGUGUGUUUUUAAUUUAUGGAAAUAAAUUUUUCUGAGAACUUUU